AUGGAGCAUGGUGAGCAGCUUUUCAGUUGUGAGACCUGUGGCAAGAGGGUCACACGGGGCUCUGAUCUCAGCAUCCACCGCUGCACCCACACUGGUGAGCAGCCCUUCAGUUGUGAGACCUGUGGCAAGAGGUUCAGCCAGGGCUCUCAUCUCAGGCGACACCACCUCACCCACACAGGUGAGAAGCCCUUCAGUUGUGACAGCUGUGGGAAGAGGUUCAGCCGGAGCUCUCAUCUCGGGCAACACCACCUCACCCACACCACUGAGAAGUCCUCUACCUACAAGGACUGCGGCAAGACAUUCACUCACAGCGCCACCCUUCGCCAGCACCGCAGUGUGCAUGGCACUGAGGAGUCCUUCAGCUGCUUGGAUUGCGGCAAGAAAGUCAAACACAGCUCCAGCCUCAGCAUCCACCGCCGCAUCCACACCGGAGAGCAUCUUUUCCCCUGCGCUGUGUGCGGCAAGAGCUUCACCACGAGCACCUCAUACAUCCGGCAUCAACUCAUCCGCAGCGGUGAGAAACCCUACAGCUGUACUGACUGCGACAAGAGCGUCACCUGCAGGUCUAAGCUAAUCCAGCACCGUGGUGUGCAUACCAGAGACAAACCUUUCACAUGUCCUGACUGCGGCAAGAGUUUCACUCAGAACUCUCAGCUCAUCCGACACUGCUGCACCCACUCUGGAGAGAAGCUGUUCCCCUGUGCUGAGUGCAGCAAGAGCUUUACCACAAGCGCCAGACUCCUUCAGCAUCAACUCAUCCACAGAGGGGACAAACCAUACAGCUGUGCCGACUGUGGCAGGAGCUUCACCCUGAAGGGGAAGCUAAGCCAUCACCGUUGUGUGCACACCGGAGAGAAGUCUUUCACCUGCACUGACUGUGGCAAGAGGUUUUGCAGGCACUCUGGCCUCAUGAAGCACCGCCUUACCCACACUGCACCCAAACAGUUCACCUGUGCUGUCUGUGGGCGGAGCUUCACCCGGAGCUCAACCCUCACCACCCACCGCCGCACCCACACUGGUGAGAAGCCAUAUGGCUGUGCUGUCUGCGGCAAGAGUUUCUCUCAGAAGGCUAACCUCAGCCAGCACCGCAGUGUGCACAGCACUGAGAAGUCCACCUGCAGGGACUGCGGCAAGAGCUUCAAACGCAGGUACUACCUUACCAUCCACCGCCGCAUCCACAGCGGAGAGGGGUUCCCCUGUGCUGAGUGUGGCAAGAGCUUCACCACGAGCACGAUACUCAUCCAGCACCAACUCAUCCACAGCGGCGAGAAACCAUACAGCUGUGCCGACUGUGGCAAGAGCUUCAGACAGAGCUCCACCCUCACCCUCCAUCACCAUACCCACACAGGUGAGAAGCUGUACAACUGCGCUGUCUGUGGCAAGAGUUUCACUACAAAGUCUUCCCUCACCCAGCACCGCAGUGUGCACACUACCGAGAAGCCCUUCACCUGCAGGGACUGCGGCAAGAGCUUUAGCCACAGCACCACCCUCGCCAUCCACCGCCGUGUCCACACCGGAGAGAAGUUGUUCCCCUGUGCUGAGUGCGGAAAGAGCUUCACCAUAAGCACCAGACUCAUCCAGCACCAACUCACCCACAGUGGUGACAAACCAUACAGCUGUGGUAUGUGCAGCAAGAGUUUCACCACAAGCACCAGACUCAGACAGCAUCAACUCAUCCACAGUGGUGAGAGACCAUACAUCUGUGCUGACUGCGGCAAGAGCUUCACCUGCACCUCUAGCCUCACCCAGCACCGUCGUCUGCACACCGCUGAGAAGGCUUUCACCUGUUCUGAGUGCGGCAAGAGCUUCACCCGUAGGAGCAUUCUCAUUUGCCACCUCCGCAGCCACACUGGUGAGAGGCCUUUCACCUGCCCCGACUGCGGCAAGAGCUUCAGUCGCAGCGCCUAUCUCACCAAGCACCGCCGCACCCACACUGGUGAGAAGCCAUACAGCUGUGCUGUCUGCGGCAAGAGUUUCUCUCAGAAGGCUAACCUCAGCCAGCACCGCAGUCACCAACUCAUCCACAGCGGCGAGAAACCAUACAGCUGUGCCGACUGUGGCAAGAGCUUCAGACAGAGCUCCACCCUCACCCUCCAUCGCCGUACCCACACAGGUGAGAAGCUGUACAACUGCGCUGUCUGUGGCAAGAGUUUCACUACAAAGUCUUCCCUCACCCAGCACCACAGUGUGCACACUACCGAGAAGCCCUUCACCUGCAGGGACUGCGGCAAGAGCUUUAGCCACAGCACCACCCUCGCCAUCCACCGCCGUGUCCACACCGGAGAGAAGCUGUUCCCCUGUGCUGAGUGCGGAAAGAGCUUCACCAUAAGCACCAGACUCAUCCAGCACCAACUCACCCACAGUGGUGACAAACCAUACAGCUGUGGUAUGUGCAGCAAGAGUUUCACCACAAGCACCAGACUCAGACAGCAUCAACUCAUCCACAGUGGUGAGAGACCAUACAUCUGUGCUGACUGCGGCAAGAGCUUCACCUGCACCUCUAGCCUCACCCAGCACCGUCGUCUGCACACCGCUGAGAAGGCUUUCACCUGUUCUGAGUGCGGCAAGAGCUUCACCCGUAGGAGCAUUCUCAUUUGCCACCUCCGCAGCCACACUGGUGAGAGGCCUUUCACCUGCCCCGACUGCGGCAAGAGCUUCAGCCGCAGCGCCUAUCUCACCAAGCAUCGCUAUAGUCACACUGUUGACCAGCCCACAAGGGGCCGCAAAACAAAGUCGACGCUGCUUGAACUCCUCGCUGGCGGUGUUGUUGUCUCCGAAUCCGAGCCCUCGCUGGCGAUAUCAGAGGAAGGUGUUGAUGAACGAGAUCGAACGCACCGAGCUGCCCCCUCUCGGCUCCCUCCCCGCUGGGUGCAAACGCGAUGUGGUGGCAGCUGGCAAAACGCGACGUGGCCGCCGAAGAUGCCCGCCGAUGCCGGCCCGCCCGAGUUUGCCGUCGGCCCGCCGAUAAUUUUUGCCUUCCAGGUCUACAACGUCUUCGGCUCCCAGGCGAUGCUCCUUCUCUUUGUCCGAGCGAUCAGCCUCCG